UCUAUUUUCUAGUUUUCUACCAUUAAUAUAGGAAAUCAAAAUAUUAAACAUAUUAUUAUUUAAAAAUUAUUAUCUAUUAAGUUAAAAUUUAAAGAUCACACUUAUCACCUCACGACUAGCGAAUAUUAAGUAUGAUUAAAUAAUACUUGUACGUCUACAUCUUGACCUUUAGUAAGAUCAUUUCGUUGAAUUGUAAAUAAAAUGUCUGAAGCUAAAAAUGGAGAUUCAAAUCCUUGCUUGCAGGAACAGAAAUUAUCAAUUAAAUGCUUACAAGAUAGUUUUGGAGAUAAAUCCCAAUGUGAACCGCAAAUAGAAAAUUACAAAGACUGCAAAACGUUUUGGUACAAUAUUUAUAAAGAACGGAAAACCAACAAAAUAAGGCCAUACAUGCCAUCAUUAGAAGAACGGAUAAAAAUUAAGAAGGAAUACAUGAGUGGUCAUUAAAACAAAAAAAUAUCUUAAAAUUAAUAAUAUUUUUACUAUAAUAUAUUAUUGUUUGCU